AUGCAGAUCAAUCUCAAAUGCUCCUACAGCGAGUCUCGCAAACAUGGAAGACUGUCCCGGCGAAAAAUACAGGCGCCUGAGCGCACAGCUACUGAGAGUCGCCCCUUGGCACCGGCGAAGCUUACAAUGCCGAUUACGGUGGCAGAUCAAACUGGAUGGGAGUCUUUGCUGACUGGGUCAGAGCCAUUUUCAGGAGAUCAAACUUGGGAGGCGGCAGGAGAGCAGCAAUUCGACACAGCUGUACUAUCUUCGUGGCCUGAAGGCGUCUUCAAUACUGGUGAACUAGACAGUUGGGCUCUAGCUGUACCAGCGGAUCCAUCUACGGAGCCCUCCCAAUCCAGCAUUAACAACAGCAGCACACACAACUGCGAGGCCGAAGCCAUAUCUAUACUCAAUUCAAUGCAACAUGGCGAGAUGUAUCAGGGCUUGACGUCCUGCUCCACAGACCCAGCACAAGCAUAUGCAACCCUCAUCCUCUCGCCAAGUUUUGACCGCGUACUCGCUGUCAACAAGACUGCUCGCGAGGGCUGGAAUAAACUCGUGCGGUGUUCCUGCGCACUAUGUCCUCAUUUACUCUUACUUUAUACGUCGAUACUAUCCAAAAUGCUGUUUUGGUACCGCAUUGCAGCGACGGAGAAGCUGGAAGAUGAUGCUGCCUCGAGUAGUGGUAGUUCGAGAUACUCGCCUGAUGAAGCACCAACCGUGGACAGGUUCAGCAUCCGUCCGACCACAAUACAAGUCGGUAUACUUAGUCUAGACGCUGAGGAGCAGGCUCAUAUGCGGCGGGUUCUUUUGCUUCGUGAGUUGCGGACGACAGCGAAAGCAAUUGACGAUCUAUUGGUUGUAGAUCGAACGAGUCUGAAGAGCGCAGAUGAGUUUAUACGCAUAGGCGUGGAAUGGGCGCUGACGGGUAUUUCCCGGCAAAGAGAAGAACUGCAAAGCAUAAUCCGACUAGUCAAAGAAACGCAGUAG